GGAGAGUCUGAACUUCAAGCCGCAUGGCAUGGGAAGACAAUUUCACUCACGGUAAACUGAAUUGUAAGUCACUGUUAUGGAGAAGUGUUUAGUCCAAUGCCUCUUGCUCUUAUCCGUUAUUUCUCGUACCACAUGUUUCCAAACCGAAAUAUCUUACAAGAUCCGCGAGUAUGUGCGUGAACAUCAAAAUUCGCUGUACGCUCGACACGAUCCAAUCGAAGAAUUCACAUUGGAACAACCACUGGAUCACUUUGAGCCGUCACAGAAGACAUUCAAACAACGUUACAUGGUAAAUACUAAGUACUGGAGAAAGGAAGAUGGACCAGUCUUCUUGUACAUCGGAGGAGAGGGAAAAUUAUUUCAAGCUGAUAUAGACUAUGGUAGGAUUAAUCUGUUUCAAAGCUAUAUUGAGCUCUGGUAUUUUUCCAAAACUUCCGCCUAAAUGCAUGGCAUGUUGCAGUCUGUAUUCUGCACUGCUAGUUUACGAGUUUUAUUUAAAACUAGUCCAUUAUAAAACCUGAAAAAGGAGGCAGUGAGAAACUAGCAGGCUUUUGAAGCUAUUCGUUUCGUCGAGAAAUAAUAAUACUUAAUUAUCUGAUUAAACGUUUAUAAAGUAAACAAUAUGGUCUUUCACUUUGACUGCUUAAAGUGAAACUAAGAAAAUGUCCCUUCAAGCUCCAGGUUAUUACAGGUAUCAUUCGACAAGAGCGCUUCAUUUUGUUACCCUCGUGUGCUGAAUAGAGAUGAGCUGGGACUUCCCUCAAAAGUGGAGUCAGCUUAGAGUGCAGUUUUGCGGGCGCCGUUUGACGAAACUGAAGGCAUUACAGUCGCGAAAAUGUCAUGACAUAUUUUUCAAAGUAAUGUCAUGGGUGGGUGAGUUGGGGUGAGGGGUUCAGACUCGGGUAGGGAGGGAGGCUGUCUACGGAAUUGUCUUGUUCCUGAAAAUUAUUUUUCUAUCAAAGUAGUAUACUCUGGAAAUUUUUUAGGGAAUAUUGUGGAACUGGCUGAGCAGUAUAGAGGCCUACUCUUUGCGGUGGAGCAUCGCUAUUACGGUUUAAGCACUUUUGAAGACUAUUUAGAAACAGAGAACCUCAAAUAUCUUUCAAGUCAGCAAGCGUAAGUAAUGUAAGGAUAAAUAAGCGGUAUUCUGUGAAAAUUACAGUUAUCCUAAGCAAUCAUCUUAAGCAAUCAGGGUGUCAAGUUUUUCUCUCCUUAGAGCUUGAGUUUGAUCGCUAUCUAAAGCUCAUAUUUUGAGCUCGAUAAUUCUAUUACAUUUAAAAGUCGAGAGCAAACAAAUCAAAUUUUAUUAUUUCGAAACGACUCGUCUGUUUGAGGGCUGUUGGAGACGUCCCGAAUUUUUCAUAGAAGCUAGGUAUACUUAAAUAAGUUACUGCACUGAAAAAGUUGUCAUUCCAUAGAAAACCACUUUUCCUACUGAGAAAGAUCCAUACAUUCCGAAUGUUUCUCUACAGGUUGGCAGACUUGGCCGAGUUUUGUGUCUUUGCCCUGAAGAUGUACAAACUUACUGACCUGAAUCAGUGGAUUGCAUAUGGCGGUUCCUACCCGGGCAAUCUAGCAGCUUGGUUCAGAUUAAAGGCAAAGUUUCUUUAAAUUCUCCUCCUCAAGACCAAUACUUGCUUCUAGUUGACCUUUUUCGCAUUGCCGACUUAGCAGAGAAAAUUUAUUCGACUACGCACAUCGGUUUACAAUUUUUAGAGUUGUGUUUGCCCCGCUGUGCAACUUAGAAAUGGCGUGGAAUUUAGAAAUAUGGGAGAACAAAAAUGUUACGGCGGAAGCAACCUCGCUGCACAUCGAGAACACAUGAACAGCACUGGGAAAGCAACAGGUUACAAAGCCGAUCGAAGACUCACGCAUUACAGAACAUUAGCCCCCCUCUAAACUGGCAGUUAAAAAUAUAAACAAUCCUCAUUUCUUCUAAGUGGUUCAUCAUCAUUUGUGUUUUAUUCCUACACAGUAUCCUCAUCUUGUGAUAGGAGCGGUUGCGUCAUCAGCUCCCGUGCAGGCAAAGACAGACUUUCAAGACUACAACAACGUAGGUUAUCUGACUUCUAAACUUUGAUGUUACCAAAAGUAAUUCAGUUGUUGUUGGCCGCCCGCUUGACAUUUCAGUGAGAUGUGUCAUGGCUAGUCCAAGCGGCAAUUUUGGGGCCAAAUAUGAACGAAUACGAGCAAACUAAAUGGAAUGGAAAGUUAAAACUAGAGCUCGAUUGUUGGUUCCUGAAACCCCACACAAACAAAAAAAAAAUAUGUAACGAAAAAGAUAUCGAAAGGAGGCAUGUCUGUUAUAAAUGUACAAGCCGCAAUACUUCCACCAGGAACAAUUGCUCAAAUAAUUUUCCUCCUUGUGAACAAAAUUUCAUGUUUCAUUGACGAUUUAACGACACAUUGAAACUGAGAGAUGCGAAAGCUGGCCAAUCACUCUGACACCACUGCGGAACUUGGACCGAUUUCGGUAUCUCAAAUGAACUAAGAGCUGCGAGUAUUAGGAACUGUUUACAAUCACUUGGGUCAAUAUUAUUAUCCAAAAAGUCUUUUCAAAACUUGCCUGGAGUUUAAUGCAAGGUAUCGUUUUUACGCGAACGUUUUUAGAAAACAAAAAAUCGCUAUUCAGUCCGUUAAUAAUCUUUGUAACCAUAUGUCCCUAUCUAUCUCUAGGUUGCAGCUGCAAGUUUCGCGUCACCCCUUGUUGGUGGGUCUGUGCAAGUACGUUUUGAAUGGUUUAAAACAUUGUAGGAUGGAUUGUGCAACACGACAUACUAUAAUUUAAAUGCAUCAGCCCAUUUCAGAAAUAUAAACAAAAUACAUCAGUACUGUGUUUUACCAUACCCGAAGCUUGGAUUGUGUUCAAAUCAAAAAGAAAGGUUAUUGCUUCUCCAGCGCACUUGCCGCGCGAGAUCUUUUCCUGUUUUGUACAGGUAUUCCGAUGAUUUCGGGUGCAAUUUCGAAGUAAAUUUUUUCAAAGACUAACAAAUUUGCACGAGCCCGCAGGGCCGUGCAAUUUGUGGUCUUUGAAAAAAUUUACAAGUGCUUAUUUAUUCCAAAAUUGCACCCGAAAUCAUGUGAUUACGUAUUAACAAUAUACACGAAAAAAUACGAGAUAGCUAAUCAAAGCGGCGCAUCAACUGUUAUUAUUUAUGGCAAACCCUGUAAGUGACCUUGUGCGUUCGGUCAAGACAACCGCGUACGAUCAAAACAAUAAUAUAAAAUGAUAUUUUCACAUCUCAAAGGCGCACAAAAGUUUAAAGUCCGGCUAAACAGUUCAAGGAAUUGUUCAGUCUAAUUUGUUACUUCCUUUCACCGAAUUAACCCUCUUCUGCAUUGAAUUACUUGAAAACUGCAUUUAUCUCAACCAAUCAGAACUGAGUAAUUUUUUUAUGUAUCUUAUUAGGUACGAUAUACCUUGAGUUAGGUGAUGUCCUCUCGCUUUCUUUUGCAGUGUCAAAACAAUAUAAUGAAAGCCUUCGCCCAUGUGGACCAGCUGAUCGCUGCCAAGGAUUACAAAACUUUAGAGCACGACUUCUCGUCAUGCAAUGAUAUUUCACGGCCGAAUGACACUUGGCUGUUUGUCGAGAACCUUGGUAACGUUUUGGACGGAAUUGUGCAGUACAAUACUCAAGCUCCUGGUUUCAACAUAGCAUAUGUGUGUCAAUGUAUGACAAAUUCAUCCCUCACUCCUUACCAAUAUCUUGGUUAUGUGAUACGUGUAAGGAUAUUUUGGUAUUCUAUUUUAGCGGCGAAUUUCACUAACUUACAUGCUGAUGAAAUGUUAUUUUGCUUUCUUGGAGGUUUCCAAUACUCUCGACAUCUCGAUUCUCGAGAGCAGAUGAUCGUAAACUAUAGGCUGUCCGAUUGGACAUUGUUUAGCAUCACUUGAUUAAACUUGAUCCCUUUUUAGGUGGAGAUAGCACUAAAGAACCCGAUUAGAUUUUAAAAUUCGUAGUUAUCAUUCCCCGUUCGAUGGACUAAGUGUUGGCAGUGAAGAGCGGUUACUUUCUAAUCACUCCUGACUGUUACGGAGGAAGAAGGAAUUCUCUGUUAUAAAAAAUGUUGUUGUUAUUCGUAUUUUUAUAGAUAAAUGAACGUGUAAUCGUUUGUCUCACGAUGUAGAUUCAGGCUAUCAAUUGUUUUGAUCGGUAUAAAUCCUUUCCAUAUUCAUUAAUUUCAAGAGUAUAUCUUUGACCUUGUAUGGAAUGGUUGUAUUUUUGCAGUACUAUCUAGAUCGUGUGGGACUUCGCUGCAUGAAUAAUAACUAUACAGCAAACUUGGAAAUAUUCAAGAACACAACACAGGACCCAACGGGCUCUUCAAUUUUUCGCCAGUGGACCUACCAAACUUGUACUCAGUUUGGAUACUGUAAGUUCCAGUUGAUUAGUUACCACAGAUUUCUUGAGUUGGCGGAUUCUGUUCUUAAGCGCCGCCUCGACUUCUCAUCAGAAAAAAGGUUUCUUUGAUUUUUUGCCCAUGAAAAGGGUUUAGGAGACGUGUUUAAAAAAAAUUCACCAAUUUGUACGAAAGAAUUCUAAAAAUCAAGGCGUUAAUCGGUCUAAAAAAGUGUAUCAGUGCAUAAUUUAUACCCUUUAUAAGAAGACCUAAGAUCCUUAGGCGUCUCACAUUUAUAACGCUGAUAACAGUCACUAUUUAGAAAAUUACGCCUAGUUUCUGCCACUACGUCCACUUUACUCGCACAAAUAGACUACAAAUGUUCAUUUGAUUAUCAAUGUUGCAUCUUGUUUUAGAUCAAACAUGCGAGAAGAAUACCAGCUGCAUUUAUUCUAGAAUCCCACACGACCUUACUUAUAAUCUGGAUACUUGUCUUGAGGCUUAUGACAUCCCUGCUCAGGAUAUUUAUGAAAAAGUUGCAUUUACAAACACUUACUACGGAGGAAAAACGCCCAAAGGCUCAAAGAUUGUUUUUGUAAACGGUAAGAGAUUUAAAGUUUUAGAUUAUGAAAGGGAUCCGGGAAAGCUCAUUAAUGUUGCGUUGUUGUUGAAGGCUUCAACAAGUUUUAUCGAAAACCGAAGCAUUAGUCAUGAAAUACAUCUGUUAUGUAAAAGGCAAGAAUUACUUCUAAAUUUCUACAAUGUAAUCAAAAUAUUCAUGCAUUUAUAUAGCGCAUACGAAUGCUCUAAUACACUUUACAACAACAGGUCUUUCUGUUAGUUCUCCAGGACCUAUUAGUACUCCUGGGUAGAGAGCGCAAGAUGUGAGAGUGAUGUGUCUAUUGGCCCUGGAGAGAGAGUCAGUAUACUAAAUAAUUAAGACAAUUGUUUUUGUUCCGUUUUCCGUUGCAGGAUCUAUAGACCCUUGGCAUGCAUUAAGUGUCCUAGCGAACCAAACUGCAACUGAAGUGGCCAUUUUUAUCAAUGGCACCUCCCACUGUGCUAACAUGCUUUCUGAUUCACCUGAUGACCUACCCGCCUUGCGUGAAGCUAGGAAGGUUUGAUACAGUUUAUUGCUAUCACAUAGCUUAAGAUCAUGCGGUUUUUGUCUACCAUUCACGCAGAAAGUAACCUAUUAAGUGUCUACGAAGGUCACAUUCUUUGUCUCAUUCUGCGAAUAUCCUGUAAUAGUUUCUGAAUUUAUCCCUCUUGGAAGAAUAUCCCGAAAAAACUCACGCUUAUUUGUCAUCUUUACGAACCGCUUUUAAUUUAAGAACGAGGUAAGUUAAUUAUAAUAUGCAAGAGCUGUGUAAAUCUCUCUUUUAUACAGGUUUUAUCUUGCUUUCUCUGAAUAGUAUCGUGACCAGUCUCUGCCAUUGGCCAAAUAAUCUUUAGUGGCAACCAGUAACCACUAAAGCACAUAGGCAAAUAGAAACAAGUGGUGGCUUUUUAUUUCUGUUUUUACACUGAACGACUUAUUUGACGACAAGAAUUUGUUCACGACCCUCAUAGAUCAAUUUUUACUUUUAUUUUCAGCAAGUUGCAGCAAUUAUCGGCGAGUGGUUGGAACCUAGCCGAUCUACUUUGGAUUAAUCAUGUUAAGCCGACUGAUAUCGUUUAUCUCCUGAUAUAAUAGUUACUUUCUAUUCAACGAAACAAAAAUCAUGAUUUUGUAUCUUUGAGAAGUAGAAGUAGGGUCAGUUGAGUCUUGGGUCGAUCUUUGCAACUUUCCAUUGU